UAGCCAAAACAGAAAAUGGCUUCAACAGAUUCCCACCCGCGGUUUGGCCAGUCUGUAAAAGGCUUAUUAUCCGAUAAAGUGGGCUCCUGUAGCGGGGAUGUUAUCGCUUUGACCCGCCAGGUGCUAAAAGGAUCCCGCAGUCAGGAGCUUCUCGGUCAAGCAGCACGGAACAUGGUCAUUCAAGAGGAUGCCAUCCUGCACUCGGAGGAUAGUCUGAGAAAAAUGUCUAUUAUUACCACACAUUUACAAUACCAGCAGGAGGCCAUCCAGAAGAAUGUGGAGCACUCUAAAAACCUGCAGGACCAGCUGAGACACCUGUUGAAGUGAUGGAGAGGCAGGAGGUGAUGAGCUGAAGAGGACACGUCUGGAGACUGCUGUGUUUACGCUGUCUCAGCAUCACAGUGCACUGCUGGACUGCUCUUUCACCACUUAGUGGAGUCCAUCUCUGCAUCAGUGACAUGGCACACUCAACCUAACAUGUUUUUUAAUUUAUUAAAUAAACCAUAUUGCCAAAAGUA